AUGCAUCGAAUCGGACAUCAGACAGGACGCAGACUCACCCAGAUCACUGCAUUCAGAAUACCUGUCCACAACCACCGUGCACUCUCAUCACUCUCAUCAACACCUGUCAUCAACUACGGCAGCAAUGUUAGACAGAAUGUCGCAUGGGCCGUUGGCGCAGGAGUAGUCUUCACAGGUGUGACCCUCGUGCUCCAGUCACCCACCUUGGGCCUGACCCGUGACAUGAUGGUCCAUAACGACUCACCCAACAAUAACUCGGAGAAGAAACAGCAGAGCAUUGGUUCUUCGCUUGCAGUACUUCUCGGGCUCAAGAAGCUACCCAAGAUCGACCAGGCUGAUGUUGUUUUGGACACCGAUUUGACGGUGACGAGUUGGAAGCAGCAGGAGCAGGAUGCGCUUGUCAAGUCCCCGGGUAUCAUGCUCUGGGGAUCCAACAAGAAUGGUUUGGUGGAUCCAACAGGAAGAAGCCCAGGAGUAAUCCAGAUCCCUCAGCGUCUUGCUACUUUCCAAGGAAAGGUUCUCCGCGAUCUCAAGCUUGGCGAUGACUUUGCUGCUGCCGUGGAUGAAGACGGAACCGUCUACCAAUGGGGAACAGGAUACAACCAGCAAUCACACCAACCCGAGGCAACACUCACAAACAGGGAUAUCUCUCAGGUGACACUUUGCGACACCAAGUUGUACGGAUUGUCCAGGGAUGGAUCCAGGAUCUAUGUCUUGCCCAAGGUCCGCCCAACAGCGGGACCCACCAAGGCAGCCAUCGAUUACCAAAAGCCCAAGGGAAGCGUGUUGCGUUACGUGGGACUCGGAGGAAGUGUUGAUGACAAGCAUGACCCUAUGACCCAAUUGCCCCUCCAGGACUUAUUGCAAAAGGAUGAGAAGGUCUUGUCGAUGUCUUCGGGAAAGAGCCAUAUGGUUAUGGUCACAUCUCACGGACGUGUGUUUGGAUCUGAGGAUGGACUUUCAGUCUCGCUGAUCGGAAAUGCCGACUUCAGACAGAGCCGCAUCUUGGAAGUGGCCUGUGGAGAGGUCCACACUAUUGCCAGGGAUGACCAGGGUCGCGGUUGGGCUUGGGGUAUCAAUGGAUUCGGACAGCUCGCCCAGGGUGUUUACUCGCACUCCAACCUGAAGUUGCCCAACCCUACUCUGAUUAAGGAUAUUGUAGGAACUGAAGGCGGUGUUGAGUGUGUGAAGGUUGCUGCAGGUGGACAGUCCAGCUACUUUGUGUUGAAGGAGAGCAAUGUAUUCAAGGUCAAGUCUGCAGGCAUGGGACAGUGGGGACAAUUGGGCGAUGGCAGCUACACGCAUAUCCAGGGCUCACUGGUGACCAUUGCACCGCUUUCUAAUCUCGCAGAAUUCAAGGAGCAAGAAAAAAAAAUGGUACCUAUCGGAAUCCACGACCUCGCUAUCGGAUCCACACACGGAUUUGCAGUUCUCGAUAACGCCAUCACCAAGGAUACCUCCUCACCCGCAGAAUCAACUACAGCAACAACAGUAACUCAUGGUCGCGAUGUGCUGUCAUGGGGCCAAAACACAUACUACCAGCUGUUGACUGGAAAGAGGACCAACAAGACCGAGCCCGUGCAUGCCUUACCCCUGGAUUCGGACCUCCUCCAGGCAGCCGAUAAGGCUGUUGCUGCGAUUGCUUUGGGUCAACAGAAACAAUCUGGUAGUACGGACGCUUUGAGUGCUACUAACCGGUUACAGCUCAUGCCAGCUCAACCUCGACCAGCAGGCCUGGUUUCCUCGUCUGAGACGAAGAAGAAGGAUAAACAGGAAGAGGUUAAGGACUUUGUUGAGGUUAGGAUCGUUGCUGGAAAUGGCGUGUCUGGCGUUUAUUGUAGUACUACUGCUGCGGCGUCUGUAUAA